CGUACAGUUUUUAUACCUUUUCUCUUUCUUGAAUUUACGAGAAGUCUCUCAGUAUGUUCAAAGAUUGCUGCUAAGCAGGGAGAAGAAAUGAGAGUGGACUCCAGAUUUCUGUCUCUAGCUAGCUAGGGAUUCAUAUAUCAAAGACACAGGAAGAAGUACCAAAGUCAUGAGGUUGAAAACUGAACCCUUAACAAUUGGGGACUUGGUCCAAACCGUGUUAGGGCCCAUUCUCAUUCUUAUACCACGGUACGUGUAGUGUCCAUGACCAUUGAAAACAACUAACACCGACAGUCGCCUCAAAUUUAAGUGCACCAGUGGAGGGUCAAAAUGCAACAACUAAUGUUGAUGUUGGGCUGAUCCUUAAUUUGGACACCAUAGCGGGAAAGAUGAGUCAGACAUGCAUGUUCAUGGCACUUGAUGAUUUCUAUGCCAACCACAAUUACAACACAAGGAUUGUCCUUCAUAAAAGGGAUUCCAAGAAUGAUAUCGUUGAGGCAGCAUCUGCAGCUGUAGACCUGAUAAAAUAUGUCCAAGUACAGGCAAUACUAGGACCACAAAGUUCCACACAAGCAGAUUUUGUAAUUGAUAUUGGGAACAAAGCUCAAGUUCCUAUAAUUUCUCACGCAACAAGUCCUUUUAUCUCACCCAAGGAAACUCCCUACUUCAUCCGAGCAGCACAGAAUGCCUCCUCUCAGGUUGAUGCCAUUGUUGCAAUGGUUAAAGCCUUUGGUUGGAGGGAAGUAGUGUUGCUCUACGAUGACAACGAUUUUGGAAGAGGGAUUGCUCCAUAUUUAACUGAUGCCUUGCAAAAAAUGAGUACUAAAGUUCCCUAUAGAAGUGUUAUAUCUCCUUCAGCUACGGAUGAUCAAAUCCUUCAAGAACUCUACCAUUUAAUGACCAUGCAAUCUAGAGUCUUUGUGGUGCAUAUGCUACCCCCUCUUGCUUCGCGCCUUUUCUUAAAGGCAAAAGAAGCUGGAAUGAUGAGGGAGGGAUAUGCCUGGAUCAUCACAGACGUGCUUACAAGUCUCUUGGAUUCUUUGGAGUAUACGGUUGUUGAUUCAAUGCAAGGAGUACUAGGUGUGAAGCCUUAUAUCCCAAGAUCCAUGAAGCUGGACAACUUCACUAGGAGAUGGAGAAAGAGAUUUCAUCAAGAGAAUCCAGAAACGGAUAUGAUUGAACUAAAUAUAUAUGGGAUGUGGGCAUAUGAUAGUGUCAUGGCAUUGGCGAUGGCAAUAGAGAGUGCUGAUAUUGCUCAGCCUAUAUUCAACAAACCGGUCGCUAGAGAGAACUUGACAGACUUUGCUGCAAUUGGGACCUCAGAGAUGGGACCUAAACUACUGCAAUCAAUCCGAAAUAUGAGAUUCAAAGGCUUAAGUGGUGAUUUCCAUCUUGUUGAUGGACAGUUGCAGCCAUUGGCCUUUCAGAUAGUGAAUAUAAAUGGAAAAGGGGGGAGGGAAAUUGGAUUUUGGACUCGACAGUAUGGCAUUUCAGAGAAACUGAUGCCCAGUAAGAAGAAUUACAGCACCAAGAAGGAUGAUCUUCGAACCAUUAUAUGGCCUGGUGAAUCUAAUGUGGUUCCCAAAGGUUGGGAGAUGCCGACAAGUGAGAAGAGGUUAAGGGUUGGAGUUCCUUCAAAAAGUGGAUUUGGUGAAUUUUUAAAAGUGGAAAUGGAUCCUCAAACUAAAGCUGUCAUUCCAACUGGUUUCUGUAUAGAUGUGUUCAAUGAAGUCAUGGAUUCAUUGCCAUAUGCUGUCCCAUAUGAUUUUGUUCCCUUUGAAACUGCUGGUGAGAGCGAUGGAAAUUAUGAUGAAUUUAUUUAUCAGGUCUUUCUUGAGAAAUUCGAUGCUGUUGUGGGCGACAUAACCAUUUUGGCAAACCGAUCCAAAUAUGUUGAUUUUACAUUACCUUACACAGAAUCUGGUGUAUUCAUGAUUGUUCCAAUUAAGGCCGAUGAGCGGAAGAAUGCAUGGAUCUUCAUGAAACCUCUAACAAUGGACCUCUGGUUAACAAUAGGGGCAUUUUUCUUUUCCACUGGCUUUGUUGUCUGGGUUCUUGAGCAUCGUGUAAACAAAGAGUUCCGUGGUCCACCUCACAAACAAGUUGGAAUGAUCUUCUGGUUCUCAUUCUCAACUCUUGUUUUUGCUCAUAAGGAGAAGGUGAUGAGCAACUUAACAAGAUUUGUGGUAAUUGUAUGGGUGUUUGUGGUGCUGGUGCUGACCUCCAGUUACACAGCCAGCUUAACAUCAAUGCUAACAGUAAAAAAACUUGAACCUACCAUCACCAAUGUCAAUGAUCUCAUAAGGAAUGGAGAGUUUGUUGGCUAUCAGACGGGAUCUUUUGUUGAGGGGCUUUUGGAAAGUCUGAAGGUUGAUAAGUCCAAGUUCAGAGACUAUAGCACUCUUGAAGAGUAUGACAAAGCCCUUUCCAUUGGAAGUAGAAAUGGGGGAGUUGCUGCAAUAGUUGAAGAGGUUCCUUAUAUCAAGCUCUUCCUUGCAAAAUAUUGUAAAAAGUACACCAUGAUUGGUUUGAACUACAAGACUGCAGGAUUUGGAUUUGCAUUUCCAAAGGGUUCUCCUUUUGUAGCUGAUGUUUCAAGAAGGGUGUUGGAUGUAACUGAGGGGGAUGGAAUGGCCAGACUUGCAAGGAAAUGGUUAGGGGAUGAAGCUGAUUGUGCGGAGCAAGAUGGCACCAUCGUCACCUCCGAUAGCCUCACACUCGACAGUUUUAGGGGCCUUUUCCUCAUUGCUGGCGUGUCUUCAUCCUUUGCUCUCAUCAUGUACUUUUUCAUCUUCCUACACGAGAACAAAGACAUUCUAACCUCGAAUGAAUCAAUCUGGCAAAAGCUAACUGCAAUUGCCAAGAUUUUUGAUGAGGAAAAAGAAAACUCAUCUGAUGCAUCCAAGAAGACAAGUACGAAUAAUGAAGGGCCUGCAAUGGACUCAGGAAAUGCGGUUCCACUAGAUGUUACACCCCAUGGCGCACAAAGUCCAGCCAUCAGCUUCUUCCACAAUUCAGAUGGAUUUUUAUCUCAGGAUGAAGGGUUCUCAACAACAGAACCUGACACUCCGAUCACUACACCGAUCACUAGAGAGAUUACCGAAGAAAGAUGAUGAUUUUCCUAUUGAUAACAUGUCCAUUCUGAUCAUUUUUUGUACAAGUCCAUUCUGAUUAUUUCUUGUACAAGUCCAUUCUGAUUAUUUCUUGUGCAAUACACUGAAAAUAGAAAUCUAGGCUUUACUUAAAUGUACAUAAACUUUACAAAAUUAAUGUACGAAGCUUGAUCUC